AUGUCUGUCUCACUCGAACGACGACAAAUCUACGAGCUGGGGGAGGUGCACCCGCGCAGCUAUGGCCUCAAGGCAACGGAAAUCUCCUCUACGAUGAAGCUGGACCUCAGCCACAAUCAUCUCCGUACCCUUCAGCGACCCUUCGCGCGUUCCAGCCUAGGUGGCGUUCGUGUUGCUGCGGAUGCCGGUGCAGCGGUGUCUUCGCCGUCAACAGCGACAUCAGUCAGUGCGUCGCCCAUGUCACUUGAGGAGGAAAGCAGCGCCCUACGCCCCUUUACCUCCCUCGCGCACCUCCUUGUCAACCACAAUCAGUUACGCAGCUUGGUGGGACUGUGUGGCGUAGCGGACACGUUGACCGUUCUUAUCGCCACGCACAACGCUCUCACAUCGCUGGAUGGCAUGCAGGCAUGCAGGCGAUUGAUGUAUGUGGACCUUUCCUACAACUCCAUUGAGUCGCUGCAGGGACUGCCGCUGAUACUCGCGGCACCGUCUCAGAGAGAUGCCUCUCCGAGUAGCGUGAACGCACAUGAUGUUCAGCAUAGAGUGGUCUCGGUGGAGAGCAUGCCCGCGCUCUCGCACAGGGGGACAUCCGCCGUGGAAGGCGCCGCCGCAGCUGCACAGCUGUUCGCUGAUGUUGCCGCGCUGAAUGACGACGAAGAGAUCACCCUCGAGCGCGUCGACAGUAGCGACAACGAAGGCCAUGCACCCAUCUCCGUCAGCUUCCUGACCUCACUCGAGGCAGAAACGCAUCGGCACUCCAACGUGCCUAGCAGUGCUGGACAUCCACACCAUCACUAUCAUACCCGCCACUCACAUCAGCAGCAGCCACCCUUGAGCUGGUCUCCGGGCGGCAUCGGCAGCAACAGGUCCGGUGUCGUGCUUAUCCUCUCGCACAACCGCCUGCGUGGGCGUGCCCUCCCGGACAUACUGUGGGUGGAGUUGGCAGGCGCUGAAAUGGGAACAGCAUUGGGCGCCACGCCCUUGUCAGCGCACGUUCUCCUGCGCCCGUGGUGUACGGCUCUGACGCACCUGGACCUAUCGCAUAACUACAUCGAAGACGUCCGCUACGUGCGCCGACUCUUCACCCCAAUACGCUGGCCUUCUUCCGCUGCCUCCGCCACGUGUGCCCCAGCACUGACUCGUCUGCGUCGUCUCGACAUCAGCGGCAACCCGCUAUUGGUAAACGGGUCGCUGGCGGAGGAGCUCACGAGGUCGGUGCAGUCGCCCCCGCCCGCCACCACAGCGUCGCCGUGGGCGUUGCUCGUGUCAUCGCCCGCCAACGCACGGCGGCCGACGAUCGCACCGGCAAAUGACCGCCAGAACAACGCGGAGAGAGCGCCGCAGGCGUCGGUAGAGGCAAUCGUCGCGGACGGUUACAAGUCGGUACUGCCGCCUGUGCACUUUCGUCUGAACUACGCCUCCCGCACACUGGAUGCUGCACUGCGGGCCCCGUCGCCGUCGGCGAGCGCAGUGGCUUUUCCGAGCCUGGCCGCUGCGCAAGGUGCGAUGGAUGCGCUGCUCACCUCCCUCGCCGAGCGCUGGCAGUGCGCUGCGCCAUCGUCGUCGGCGCCGGCUACCGAAACGAUGUUCUCUCUCUUCUCCCCCUCGGACACUUGUACUGUGGAGAAGGCGUCGCAGCCGUGCGCCGUUCACUUGCGCGGCGGCGAGCUCACGGUGUUGGCCGCUGCGCUCCAACAGCGUGGUGCUCGCCUGGGCGAGAUGCUGGAGGUGCCGACACCAGCCCUUUGUGCGAAGCGCGCUGCCGAGUCCUCAACACCACACAGGGCAUGCAGCGGCCGCAGCCCACCUUCCUCUGGCCACGCACGCAACGGUGGUGCCGCGCACACGGAUACUGCGAUGGCCGCCGGGGCAGAUGCCUCCCACGCUAUUUUUCUCACGCCGCCGCCUCGAUGGAGCCGCGGGACUUCCGUCAAUGUAGACACCAGCGUCCUGAGCGGCAGGGGUGGUCCAUCGCUGACAGCAGCACAGCGGCCAACAGCAUUGACGACUCUGAACUUCGCGCCACCUACGUCACCGAGAGCGGCACUUGUGGAAGCAGCACAGGACGAAGAGAACAUGCCAGAUGACGCUGUGAGCACCAUCACCACCAACAGCAGCAGCCAUGUGGAGACGUCGACAGUGGGAUACCGGCUUUACCAGGGUCGCGGGCAUCAGCGACAGCCGGGGCCUGUCGCCGUCAAGAGUGCCGAGCGCAGUGGAAAUGCGGUAGCAUAUCGUGACGCCACCAUCGACAGCGGCGCUGCAGCAGUAUCAUGCACUUCAAUGUUGUCAUGCUCUGCAGAUGCGGUGGCGCUGCAGCUCCUGCGCGCGGAGGUUGUCGAGCUGCGCCGUCGCUAUCGUGAACUUCAGCGCCAAACUCGGGACCAGACAUGCGUGCUGCAGCGCCAGGAGGCGACGAUACGAGAGCUGAAGGUGAGGGCAGCAGUGGCGCAGCGGGAGCAUCAGGAGUCGAAAGCUGGACUGAGCAAGGCGCACCUCGAGAUCAGGCGGCUGCGCGAGCAGGUGCAGGCGCUGAGAACGUCAGCCACGCAGACGGCGCCGCCUCCAUCGACUUCUGUGUCGCUGCAGCUGCCGCCCUCUGACUGUGCAUGA